GAAGAAGGCAGUAUAGCCUGGACUCUCUUGCACAUGCUCUACAACUUCCUCAUGACGACUCAGGACAACAGCCGGUCGCGAUACCACCUGCCGGAGCUCUACAGAUCAUUCCUGAAGUCGAACGUUGCACGCAAGCUGCUGGAAGAUCAGAACUGCAAGAUGACGCGCUCCGUGCUCUGCACCAUUCGAAAGCUCCAAGGUCUGGUGAACCAUCCCUUCCUUGUUCGAUCGAAGAACCAGCAGCUUGAGGCGGGCUUCGACGACGAUGAGACCAGGGCGAUGUUUGCGGACAUCGAUCGCUUGGACAGCCGCCAAAAGCCCGAGAAUCGGCCGGUUCACGAG